AUCGCCACGGCCACACCACUCCUCCGACCUCCGCGCGGCGAUGCGGAGCAGAAGCAAUGGAGGUGCUCAGCUCCAGCCGCUUCGCUAGGGCACUCCUCCCGAGCCUCCUCGACCCGGCGGCCUCCAGGCCCCUCAGCAAGCCCCCGUGCCGCCGGCCCCGCGGCGCCGUCCAUACCCUAGCCUCCUCCGCCCACGGCCCCGCCGCCGAUGCCGCCGCGCCGUCGCCGCCGUCGCUCGGCCGGCUCCUCGCCGCCGCGCUGCGGGGCGGCCGCGCGGGAGGGGAGCUCCCCGACCUCGCGGCCGCGGCCACGGCCACGGGCGGGCCCGGGAUAGGGACGCUGCUCAUGAGCACCACGGCGGCGGCGGUGACCAAGGCGCGGGAGAGCCCGUACCUGCUGGCGCUGGCGGCCAACCCGACCUUCGUGUCGGGGUUGGUCGCGUGGGCGGUGGCGCAGGCUGCCAAGGCCCUGCUCACCUCCGUCGUCGAGCGCCGGUGGGACCUGCGGAUGCUCUUCAGCUCCGGCGGGAUGCCGUCCUCGCACACCGCGCUGUGCACCGCGCUCACCGCAUCCGUCGCGCUCUGCCAUGGCGUCAGCGACGCGCUCUUCCCCGUUUGUCUCGGUUUUACUCUAAUUGUUAUGUACGAUGCCACGGGCGUCAGGCGCCACGCCGGAAUGCAGGCCGAGGUGAGCUCAUGGUACUCAAUAAGAUCGUUGAGGAUCUGUUUGAAGGCCAUCCGAUUAGUGAAAGAAAACUUAAGGAGUUGUUAGGACAUACUCCAUCACAGGUAUUUGCAGGAGCAAUUUUAGGCAUCUUGGUGGCCUGGUAUUGCUGCCAAGGUUGUAUUGUUCCCAUUUGAUGUUGUUAUUGUAUGGAUGAUCUAGAAAUGAAACUAUUCCAUCACGUGGAUUUUGCAUGUAGCUUGAUUAGUGUUCUGGAAAAUAUUUGAUCUUCUUGACUAGCUUGAUCAUUGUUAAGAAGGUAACUAUUGCCCUUCUUCUCUGGGAUUUUCCUGUAUAUAUGUAACCUCAUAGUAUGAAACGAUCAAGAUAUCCAUCCUUUCGAGUCUCAUUGCCAAGUUGAGGCUCAUUUUAUUUAUGAUCCAA